GUGAUUUUAUUUUGGAAAUGAUGACCGGAAGUCAUUAACAAACUGAAUUAGUCCUCGUGUCUGCCUGCUCAGCUGCCUCCUCCUCUCUGUGUGUUUUUUGGAGGAGUUUCAGUUUUCAGGAUGGAGGAGAGGAACCAGUCGGAUCUCGUCAGUGCGCUGUGAGCUGCAGAACUAAAAACCUGUUAACGCAUCUGUGGAGUUUGUAUGAUCCUUUUUUUUUUGGCUGAAAAGUCUGUAACCUACAGUGAUAUUCUUUGAAAUUGUUCGAAUCUGUGAAAAUGAGUAGAGACGGGGACAAGAGCGCAAAGACUUCUCUCCGGAGCCAAAAACAACCCCGGACGCAGCAGCAGGUUUCUGUCCAGCAGAAGAAGAAGAAGGAUGAACUCUCCAAAGACUCACAGUCAGGGAACGACAUUGGAAAGGAGAUUAAAUCAGCGGGAUCGCUGGGGAAACGAGCAGGGAAAGUGUCGACAGGUGCCACGGUGGAUGGUCAGCAGAGCCCUGCUGCGCAGAGGAAACUCUCCGACGCCAGUAACGCUUCAGAGGACCUAAGCAAAGACUCCGGCUGCUUGUCCGGGAAACUCUCCUCCUCCGACAGCAGCUCAGAGAUCUCAGACUGCACCUCCGAGGGCAACAAGCAGGAAUCUCCGCGCUGCAUCAACGAAUUAAGCUGGGUAGACGGGAGAGCUUAUGUGAGGCCGGACAGCGAGAACACAGGAGACGCAAACCCGUGCGUAAAGGCAGCAGGAGAUCCGCGCGCCCUCCAGCCGCAUGCUGGAGGAGGACUCGGUUUGUUUGACUCCUCAGGGACAUUUCUGGAGCUCAUGAUGGGAGAGACAACCGAUGAUCUUGUCCGGGAGGUGGACGAUUUGAGAUCAGAGAACGAGUAUUUGAAAGAUGAGGUGGAGGAGCUCCGCUGUGAGAUGCUGGAAAUCCGCGACAUGUUCCAGGAGGAGGAGGUGUACCAGCUGCAGGAGCUGAGGCUGCAGCUCGAGCAGGCCAACAAGACCUGUCGCAUCCUGCAGUACCGCCUCCGCAAGGCCGAGCGCCGCAGCAUCCGGGUAGCUCAGACGGGUCAGGUGGACGGGGAACUGGUCAGGAGCCUGGAGCAUGACAUUAAGGUUGCAAAGAGCGUCUCUCUGCGGCUGUACAAUGAGCUGGACGCCGUGCAGAAGAAGAACUCUCAGCUGGAGUGGGAAAACGAGGCGCUGCGGGAGAAGACACAGGAACUAGAAGUGGCCAAACAGGUGUUACAGGCCGAGGUGGAGAAAGCCAGAGAGGGCACUCUGAAAAAGAAGAGCAUCCGCUCAGCCGUCAGCAGGGCUGAGAAAAGGCUCUCUCAACAGAUUGAGCCGGAUGACAGCGCAGAUCUCAGGUGCCAACUCCACUUUGCCAAAGAGGAAUUAGCUCUCAUGUGCAAGAAGCUCACCAAGCUGGUAUCAGAGAGUGAGGCAAUGCGGGAGGAGCUGGCCAAAUACCGCUCAGCCUUUGGUGACGUAGAUGCCAACGUGUUGCCCGAAGGUAAACGACACUCGGCCCGUGCCAGGGAGGCCGAAGUGAAAGUUCACCUAAAACUGGUGGAAGAGGAGGCGACACUCCUGAGCCGGCGGAUUGUUGAACUUGAGGUGGAGAACCGGGGACUGCGAGCUGAAAUGUGUGACCUGAGAGAGAAAAUAGUAAAAGCAGGAGGAGGUGGGGAAGAGGAAGAAGAAGAGAACCGGGACGUGGGGGAGGAAAACAUGUCAGCUUCCACACAGGCGAAAAACAGAGAAGGAAGGGAUCAAAGUUUGAAAAAAGGAUGCAAAACGUACGAGAAGGAUGCAGAGAAAAGUAAAAGUGACGAGAAAUCUUUGCGUGGUAACAAAUCACGGACCGAAAGGACGACGGCUGCUUGUCACAUGACCCGAGAAGGUCCUGUGGGUGGUGAGUGGGACCCGUCAGACACUCCUGAUAUUGAAAACAAGAAACUUGACGGAGAUCUCAAAGGUAUGACGGUAAAUGACUUUGAAACUCUUCUGGCUCUCAGAGAUCAUUCCUGCAUUUUGAGUUCGGCCAUCCAGCUCCUGAUGCCACCAACAAAAAAUGGCCACUCGUCAUCUCCUUCAAGUGCGUUUAGCUCUCCAACAGAGACGGACUUGAACGGCAAGGCUCAGAAUAUGUUCCCCCCGGGGCCUUUGAACGAGGCUUUGGAGCUUCUACAGGCCAUGCUGAUGGGAUUCAUAGGGAGACUGGAGACGCUUCUUACAGGAGAAGAUUCGGGGAAACUCUCAGUUCACAAGGAGAGACAAGCUUUGGAAUCCAACUCCUUCUCCUUUCUUUCUGGAGAAAGUCGAGAUGGUGACGCGGAUGCAUUGAGUAAGCAGGCGGUGGUUGACGAUCUACGCACCACAGAGGUUAAAGAGCGAGACAAUCAAACGGGACCGGCAUCUUCCCUCCAGUCAGACCUCAUCAGCAGCUGCAGGGACCCAAAAAUGCGCCUUUCGUUGCAGAUUCUGUGGAUCGUUCAUCAGUGGUGUCAAGUCAACGGACCUGGAAUCGAGGGAAAAGAGGGUAAAGACAAAAGCGUGUCUGUGCUGCGGGGAUUGUUGCAGGACCUCAGCACAGAGCUCCAGGAUGAUCCAACAUACUUUGGCAGUCAGGCCAAGGCCACUCAAGGCAAGACAGCUGAGAAGACCAUCAGCAGUGUCUUUCAUGAUAAACAACACUCUGAGGCUGACAGGACUUACAGCUCAACGUGGAGAAGGAGACAGUUUCCUCCACUCAGCUGCAGGAAGAAGAACUGGUGCUAUGUGUGCCAGGAGGCCGCCCAUCUGGACCGAGAGGACCCGGUUAAGACGUGGGACCAUCUAAUCAUGCCGCUCAGCUUCCCUGAUCUCGACUUUGAGCAGAUGUCCCUGGAGAGGAGCCACACUGCCCCAGAAAAGUCGGCCUUCAGAAUCUACUACAGCCCCCCGUCGGCUCGCAGGGUCCAGCUGGCUCAGCAGCAGCAAAGCCCGGUCACAGACGGAGAGUCUUUCAACUCAGCCUCUCCCUGGUGCACGCCGCUAACCUCCUUCUCCCAGCUCUGCCUGGGCUCGGCUAAUAACUUGAGUGACGACAUGAAGGAGAUGACGGCGAGCUGGAAGCAGGCGGUGCAGAGCAGCUCGCAGGAGGUGAGAGAGAGACUACAGGGGCGCAGGCAGGAGGGGGCCUGCUCGUGCUCUCAGACCCACAUGAAGCCUCAGAUGGUCAGCGUGGGGCUGCAGACAGACGGGACACACGGGUUAGCUACUUCAAGAAGCAGUCCAUCCAGAGUCCUCAGCCCCUCCCUGCUAUCCGCCCGCUCUCACCACAUCUCCAAGUCACUAGAUGGGUCACCAAGCAGAGGGGAGCGGUCCAGAACCUCAGCCUCCUCACCCAAGCUGUACAGGAGACACUCUGCGUCCAGUGUGUCCUCUCCGUCCUCAUCCACAAACUAUAGCUCCUCCUCCUCCUCCUCCUCCUCAACUCAGUCUACCUCAAGAGACAGAGCACUUUGGAACAUGACUCAUCAAAGCCAGACCGGCCUCUCGUGGUCCCGACAGAGCAGCCUCAGAGGUCAGAGCCAGAUCUCUGUCGGCAGCACCAAGCCUCCCAGCAAAUCCGCAGGAGCGAACCGUUACGGCAUGGUCACAGAGUUCUUGCGCCGGGUGAGCGGCCGGGUGGACAAACCGGCUCCAGGAUCGGCGCAGAAGACGAAGAGCGGGCCGAAGAACCUGGAACGCGUUCCAGCGAGACCCCCUGCCGCUCCGCUGCACAGGAACGACAGCGUGACCAGGAUCGUCAACCAGAGGUUCAUGAAGCAGAGAGAGGAGGCUGGACGA